GAAUGCCGAUUGCCGAUUGCCGAAGUCCAGAAUCCAAAUCAGAUGGCUAGAUCAUGAUUCGAAGACCUAAUCAGGAAGUCAAAAGUCAAAAACAACUUUUUGCAGAUACUUACUUAUACAUGGAGGAGUGAUGGAAUGGUGUCGCCUGGCGCGGCCGAGGCUGGUGAAGCGGCGAGGAUAAUAGACUGUCCAGGCGGAAACGGAAAGCAAGCAUGGAGUUCGAAAAGAGAAAGGCGAGUACUCUUGCAGCCAUGGACUCAACAGAGACGGAUAAAUCACCGAAAGGAACGUUGGACGCAACCAUAAUUCCACUCCUCAAAGCACUUAAUCGACAUCCCGCUUAUUUCACCACCAGCUCCUGCUCCGGCCGUAUCUCCAUCCUCUGCCAACCCUUUUACAACGCCGCUUCCUCACACACCAAGAAGAAGGCCGGAGGUGGCUCUUGGAUCUUUAUAACCCACGACCCUGCCGAUCCCGACUCCGUAGUCAACCUUCUCUUUAAACCCUCCGACUCCACUCCUCCCAGCCUGGAAGGUGACUUGGUAUUCAGGUUCGAGCCCUUCAUCCUCGCCGUUGAAUGCAAAGACAUCCCGUCGGCUCAGUCUCUCGUAUCAACUGCCAUAUCUUGUGGGUUCAGAGAAUCGGGCAUAACCAGUUUACACAAGCGUAUAAUCAUCGCUAUUCGAUGCUCUAUACGGUUGGAGGUGCCGUUGGGGGAGAUGGGCAGGAUUAUGGUCUCACCCGAGUACGUUCGGUACCUUGUCGGAAUUGCCAACGAGAAAAUGGAGACUAAUCGGAAGAGAACCCAAGGCUUUCUUCGAGCAUUGCAGUGCAUUGAUAUCUCCGAAUCAAUAAUGGGGACUCCUGAGGAUCGAGUUCUUCCGGACACGGGAACACAUGAGAAGAUUUCCUCAAUGUGUACUUCAGGGAAAGACGGAUGUAGUGUAAAUGAUGAACUGACUGUUGGUUCUAAUAAACUCACAGAUAGUGACCAAAAUUCCCAGAUUAGACUUGAUGAUGCACAAUCAGGGUUUCUUAGAGAUCCUGGAUACAGUGUUUCUGUUGUUCAGAUGAUGAUUGUUGGAGAAUCGGUUGAGAAGCUCUUUCUCUGGGGUCACUCAGCCUGUACCUUAAAGAAUGCAAAAUACGGAAAGAUUCUGGUUUUUGGUGGUUUUGGAGGCUUGGGGAGACAUGCACGAAGAAAUGAUUCUUUAGUACUCGACCCACUGUGCGGGACAUUAAAUGCCAUUGAUAUCGAGGGACCUCCAUCUCCGCGCCUGGGUCACACAUCUUCAUCGGUUGGGGAAUGCGUUUUUGUUAUUGGAGGGAGGAGUGAUCCUAUGAAUAUUCUGAAAGAUGUUUGGGUUCUUGACACAAAUAAGAAAACAUGGAAGUUUCUAGAAUGCACUGGCAGUGUAUUCCAUCCUAGGCACCGGCAUGCUGCAGCAGUUGUAGGCUCAAAAAUCUAUGUAUUUGGUGGACUUAACAAUGAUGUGAUCUUUUCCUCUAUGCAUGUACUUGACACAGAGAAUUUACAGUGGACUGAGGUAAACAUCCGGGGGGAGUGGCCAUCCCCACGCCAUUCCCAUUCUUUAGUGUCACAUGGGUCUCAGUUAUUUAUGUUUGGAGGGUAUGAUGGUGAAAAAGCACUUGGAGACCUUUACAGCUUUGAUAUCAAAACAUGUCUUUGGAAGAAAGAGGCAACAACAGGGAGAAUGCCUCAUGCAAGGUUUUCGCAUUCUAUGUUUGUUUAUAAAAAUUACCUUGGCAUUAUUGGGGGAUGUCCUGUCAGACAGCAGCAUCAAGAAGUAGCUUUACUUGAUUUAGAACUCGGCCUUUGGAAGCAUGUUAUGCUCAAUUCUGCUGGCAAACACCUGCUUGUUCGUAGCACAGCCAGUGUUAUUCAUGAUGAUCUUAUUAUGGUUGGUGGUGGAGCAUCAUGUUAUGCAUUUGGAACAAAAUUCAGUGAGCCAAUGAAAAUGAGUUUGCUACAGUUAACAUCUUUAGCUGAAUUUUCUGUUCCUUUAGAUAUGGGACUAAGACCUACUGUAAACCAUCCAAGGGAUGUGAGGACAAAGAACAACAGUGCCAUUUUGACUCCAGUGGAUAAUCUUGGACAUACCAUAACUGAAGAUUCUAACUUAAAUAAUGAGAGUGAAGUAUUUAGUGCAAGUGUCGAGAAUCAGAUGGGUUCUAAGCAUUGGGUUUUUCAACUUGAAAGGAAAUAUGCCAAACUGGGGAAAGAUAUAUUGAAAAAGUUUGGAUGGUUGGAUCUUGGGAGGAAGGUUUAUUCCCAAGAAGAUGGAACAUAUAUUUGCAUACCUAUCACUGAAAAGUUUUGUGUUCUCUUUUGUGAAAAGGAGCAUAAUAUUAAAGACAAAUUUGAUGGCCUUGAUAGCCUCCAUCCAGUUGUACAAUUUACAAGCAAGGAGAUUUCAGUAAAUGAAGUUUCCUGUUCAACAGCAUUGAAUUUUUUGUUGUCAUGUGGUGGUUCCAUACUUGUGGGUGAGGUAAUCAGUGUCAGAAAAUUUCCAAAGUCUCCACUAAAGAUAAUGAGUGAAGCAGUAUGUUCUUUGAUAAAGCACAGAGGCCUACCACAACAUUUGCUAGAGCAAUUACCUACAAGGUGGGAACGGCUUGGAGAUGUUGUUGUGCUGCCAGUGACAUCCUUUAAAGACCCAUUGUGGGAUUCAAUUGGGGAGGAACUUUGGUCUACUGUUGCUAGAUCACUUGGUACUCGUCGGCUUGCUCGUCAAGGUCGCAUUUCACCAACUGGAACACGGGAUAGUACCCUGGAGAUCCUUGUGGGAGAAAAUGGCUGGGUUGAUCAUCGUGAAAAUGGAAUAAUAUACUCAUUUGAUGCGACAAAGUGCAUGUUCUCCUGGGGAAAUCUUUCUGAGAAGCUCCGCAUGGCCCAUUUGGAUUGUAGAGAUGAAGUUAUUGUUGAUUUGUUUGCUGGAAUUGGAUAUUUUGUGCUGCCUUUUCUUAUUGGGGCCAAAGCAAAGCUGGUUUAUGCAUGUGAGUGGAAUCCCCAUGCUGUAGAGGCUCUCAGACGAAAUGUUGAAGCCAAUUCUGUUGCAGAUCGUUGUGUCAUACUUGAAGGAGAUAACUGUGUCACAGCACCUAAGGGGGUUGCUGAUCGUGUCUGCCUGGGUCUCUUGCCAACAAGUGAGGGUAGCUGGCUUACUGCUGUGAAGGCAUUAAGGAAUGAAGGGGGGAUGUUACAUGUACAUGGGAAUGUGAAGGACUCUGAGGAGGGCUUAUGGUCAGAGCAUGUUGCCAAAUCUAUAACUGAGAUUGCUAAUUCUGAAGGCCACUGUUGGGAGGUUUCUGUGCAACAUGUGGAGAGAGUGAAAUGGUAUGCUCCACACAUCCGCCAUCUUGUUGCAGAUAUAUGCUGUAAACAGAUUCAGAAAUAACAAACAGAAUUGCAGAUCUGCAAUCUAUGGAUAGCAUUCUCAGCACAUGGUGUUAAAUGCAAUGAAUGCAAAUAAUAGUUUAGUGGACCAGGACCAGCUAGCGGAAAACAAGCCUUGAGAUGGGUGUUUACUGUUGACUUAACAUCUUUGGCAUCUCACAUCUGUACUCUUGUUCUAUUUAUAUUAGGAAAGCCAAAUCACUAAUUACACUAAUUAAUAACCCUGUUAGUUGAGUUGGUAGAUCUUAGAUGGGCAUCACUCCCAACACUCCAACAGUGGAUGCGGGGGAUCAAAUGUGUAUAUUCAGUUUUGUUUAAGGUUUAAAUCAAAAUGAUAAUGUUUUGUUAAUGAUAUUAUCUCUAAUCUCUGUUAUAGAGAAGUGUGGUGGUCUACAAGCAACUCAAGCAUGGAGGAUGGAGGGAGAGUAUCUAUUACCCACUUUCCCUUCAGCUUCCUUCUGGUUGUCCUUAUUGUAAAAAGCAAUGUAACACAACAAUGAGAGUUUGGAUUUUAGACCUUUUAUGUUGCUUUA